UCGCAGCAGAGUUCCUUCCGGUCCGGCCGGUCACGUCACGGGGCGGCUGAGGUGCGGGCUCCCCCCCAGCCAUGGGCAAGAAAAAGCCGUUUCGCCGCCCGGAGGGACGCGCCCGGCGCGCGCCCAAGUCCCUGGAGACCUUCGCGGCGGACGCGCAGGCGGCGCUGGCAGCCUGCUUUCAGCAGGAUGACGUUGGAGAGGGGGAUGCUGCAGAGGUGAGAUUCCCAUGCCCUCUUGCCAUGUGGGAGCUCAGACACUGUGAUCCCAAGAAAUGCACGGGGAGGAAAUUGGCUCGCAAAGGCCUGCUCCGAAACCUGCGUCUCAAUCAGAGAUUCUGGGGGCUCAUCCUCAGUCCUAUGGCAACUCAGUAUGUCUCUGCAGCUGACAAACAGGUUGUAGCUCAGAAUGGAGUUGCAGUCAUAGAUUGCUCAUGGGCCAAGUUGGAAGAAACCCCAUUUAGUAAAAUGAAGGGAAGCUAUCUCCGACUGUUGCCUUACUUGGUGGCAGCAAAUCCUGUAAACUACGGCCGGCCGUGCAAGUUGUCCUGCGUGGAAGCUUUAGCUGCUACUUUCUGUAUUGUUGGAUUCUCUGAUCUAGCCACCAUUCUUCUGAGAAAGUUUAAAUGGGGAAAAGUGUUUCUUGAAUUGAACAGAAAUCUCUUGGAGAAAUAUGCGGCCUGCCAUUGCCAGGAAGAGGUGCUGAAAGUUGAAAAGGAAUUUUUAGCAAGUGCGCAAGAAAGAGAAACUGAAGAUAUAGAUCCAUUUGAUGUUGACUCUGGAAAAGAAUUUUCAAAUCCUAAUAGAUCAGCCAGCUCCAUAGGAAUAGCACAAGAUGAUGAAGAAUCUGGUGAAGAGGAUGGCAGUGACAGUGAUGAUGACAGUACAGAAGAUGACAGUGAAAAGCUUGCUGCACAAACAGCGAAUAAACCAGUUAUUUGGAAGGGAGUUAAAAAAAGACUAAAAGAUUAAAAAGAGUUUAUAAAAGUGAGUUUUGAAAAUUUGUAUAAAGAAACCAUGAAUAUAAUUGAAAGGAAAAUUAAAACAAUGUUGUCUAGA